AUUACCCCUUUAAAAGAGCGAGUUACUGAAAAAACUUUCCCUCCCCAAAUUAACCUUCAACCGGAACCUAUAUACCAAUCUCAUCCCUUAGAACAUCCGCCGAUAUCAAAAGCCCUAAAUAUUCCUUCGGUUCCUCCUCUCCGCCUUCUACUCAGCCCAUUCGAUCUUCCGUUAAAAUUUUUUAAGAUGAAAUGAAUUCGCAGAUUCAUCCGUUACCCUAAAUCUUUCUUAGGUUACGCCUUCUCUCCGCCUUCUCUCCGCCUUCUUUCAGUUCUUAUUACGUUACGUCUUCCCACGAUGUUAAGCCAUAAAUUUCCAAAGAUGAUUGUUCUUGCCCUAAUCAUACUCUCUGCGCAUCCGCCAUCAUCUCCUCAGCUGUCUGAAAUUUUGCAUCGGUCAAGGAUUGUCCGAAUCAGGGCUUUCUUCAAUUCUUCGUAUUGCUUCUUUUUCUGUUUCAUCAGAUAUCCUACUUGGUUGGAUUUGCCUUGUUUUUUUAAAACAAUUCUAAAGUUGUCGGUGAUUCAGAAAUUUACAUUCUACUUCUUGGAUUGCAUAAUCACUAUACAUUUGCAUAAGAGUACCUUCUUCCAAAUGACUUCAAACCAAGGAACAAUGGCAUCCACCAACGAAGCACAAAUUCCACACAUCCAAAUACGCCAAUUAAAAAAAUUUCAAAGAGAGUGGACGAUUCAUGUUGUUAUCCUAAGAACAAUUGAGUCAUCUUAUGAGAACAACAAAGGAUCAGGCAAAAUACUAAAAUUAAUUUUUGCCGACUCAGAGGGGAAAAAAAUACAAGGUAUUAUGUUUGGAGAAACUAUUGAAAUGUAUAAGCACAUGCUUCAGAAGAAUCAUGUUCUUUACAUCUCAAAUGGAGAAGUCAAACCAAUAAACCCGCUAUAUGGAAAUGUACAUGAGUCAAUUGAGUUGACAUUGACUAAGAACAUUUCUAUCAAAGAAUCAAAUGCAAAUUUCCAAUUUGAUAAGAUAUUGAACAACUUUAUCUCAAUCAAAGAGGCAAUUUCCAACGAGGAUACAAGGAAUAUAAAUGUUCUUGCAAUGAUAGCAAAUGUCAAGCCUAUGAUCAAGUACGUUACAAGAUAUAAUAAGGCAGACACAAGGCGGGACAUCAUUAUAGUAGACAAAGAUGAGAUAACAUUAUCUGUAACUUUAUUCGGAGAUUUAGCUUGCAAUGAAGGUUCAAUGAUUGAAGGAAAUAUACAUGAGCCAACUAUAAUUGCGUUAUCAGAUUUUAAAAUAGCAUUGUACAAAGGGGAGAUGUGCUUGACUUCGCAAAUUGCAUCUACAAUAUGUAUCAACCCGGAAAUACAACUUGCUAAGGAGAUGCGAGAAUGGGCUCUUUCAAAAGACCAGAUCAAGACUAAUGGUGCUCCGUCAAGGCUAUUUAAAAAGCAACGAAAAUGAAAAUUGUUGAUAUUUUGCAAGCUUCACAAGACUCAUCAAAGGCACAAUAUGGCUGCUUUAUUGGAAAAAUAAGUAAUAUCUUAAAUAGACAUGAGGCUUGGUACUACUCAUGCACAGGCUGCAAUAAAAAAGUAGACAAAACUAUUUACGACAAAUGUCAAAAUUGUCAAAAAAACAAUGAAGAUAGUAUACCAAGAUAUGUUGUUAAAAUCAUCGUGGAAGACGAAACAGACACUGCAAGAGUCACACUUUUUGACGCAGCACAAACAUUGAUAGGAUGCGAUGCUAAAAAAUUCAUGGAUGAUAUAAACGAGUAUUUUUUCCUUAUCUAUACUGCACAAAAAAUAUUGUUGAUGAGUCGUUCGCAAGAAAGAUGAUGACUACGCACAGCUUCCUGAACCUGUUGAGAGGAAACAAUAGCUUUCUAUAGAGAAGAUUUUUGUUUGAUCAAUGAAAAAUGGACAUCUAUUAGAUAUUCUUAGCGGUCAUGGAGGACCAGCUAAUGGUUUGAUGUUUUCACCUACAAGUAAAUGUGAUAUAAGGUCAUUCGAGGGGCAAAGGUGAGUGACAAGGCUAUCAAAGCUGCAUAUUCCUUCAGGAGUCCUCAUCCUCAUCAUUUUUUCAGGGUUAUUAUGGGGAGUGUUAGCAACUAUGUAGUUAACAAUGGAGCAUGCCCCGUCACCGUUGUCAAGAGCGUAGAAGCACAUGAAGGCUAGAUGAUAAUUCUAAACUUUCCAGUCACACCAACUGCUCAUUUCCAAAAUGACCUUGGCCUUGACAGUUUGGAUGCUGUAGAAAAUGACAUGGCUCUGGAGGAAGAAUUUGGGUUUCAGUUACCUGAAAAUGAAGCAGACAAGAUCAACUCUGUCGACAUGGCUGUCGACUUCAUCGACUCUAAUCCCCAGGCAAAAUAAGAGAAUUAAUUUGUUCUUUUAAUUUUUACAUUCUCUUUGCAAUGUCUAUUUACGUCGGAGGGAGGGGGGGAAGGCAGAUUUUGAGAGAAAUAUUUGGAAUAAUUAUUUAAUUUACUUUCCCACUCUACUAUAUGCAGCCAGACAUUCUGAAAUCUCAAAAGUUUUGUUGGAAAAUAAAUGUUUGCUGCUUUUUUAAUGUGUUAGCAAGAGUUGCCUGCCUGACAUGUGAUUGGGAAUUUCCUUUGACUUUUUCUGUUA